UUGCAAUAAAUAGUAGCAAUCGACUCGAAGAAGCUUCAGUGGUAACAACACUGUAUCUACUACUUUGUGGUGGUGGUCAUUUGUAGCGUAUCGUUGUCGUCAAUAACUAUACGGUCUCGGGGCGUGUUCUGUGUAACAUAGGACUGAAUAAAACCGACCGGCUUAUUUCAUCCCUGUUAAUAAAACGAAGACAACUAACUGUUUCCCGGUUAAAAAACUGAAAUGCGAGUUAGUUUUGAAGUCGUCACACCCUUGUGAGAUCGCGGCUUAAGCGUUUGCGUGUUCGGUUUCCGCUGAGUAUAUCUUCUGCUGUGUUUACUGAGCUGAUGGUGUGUUGUGUUAAAUUGAGUGCGGGACGGCUAGUUCAUUGAUGGGCUGCCUAUCUGCGUCGUGGGCGGCAAAACGGCCGCAACGGCGGUUACCUUUCUGGAGGGUCUACAUUAUCCGGCACACUGGAACUGAUGGAAUUAGAAAACAUUGUAGCCAACACUGUGUACUUGAAAGCCAGAGAGGGUGGUUCCGAUAGCAACAAGGGGAAAAGCAAAAAAUGGCGAAAAAUACUUCAGUUCCCUCACAUAUCGCAAUGCUUAGAUAUAAAGACAAAAAUAGAUGUAGAAUACGACUACGUGGUAGACCAGCAGCCGAUAGGGAAGCUGCUCUUCAGGCAGUUCUGCGAAAGGAAUCGUCCUCACUACCACAAAUACAACAGUUUUCUGGAUGCGCUUUUGAGUUUCCAGGCGGAGAGAUUCGAAGUUGAGGUGGACGAGACGAGGGUGUCGCUUGCAGCCGAAGUUUUCGGACGGUAUCUGAAGACGGAUGACGUAGAUGCCGUCACUGACGUAGUACCAUCAGACGUCAUCAAUGAUGCCAGCAAACUGCUCGAAGAUUUCACUUUCUCGGGCGGUUCCAAGGACAUUUUUAGCGAAUGCAUCCGGUGUGUGAAGAGUCACUUGGCGGGUACUCCGUUCGCGGAGUUCGAGAGGUCGAUGUACUUUCAUAGAUACUUACAGUGGAAAUGGCUGGAAGCUCAGCCGGUCACCCAGAACACCUUCAGGAUGUACAGAGUCUUGGGAAAGGGAGGCUUUGGAGAAGUCUGCGCAUGUCAGGUGAGAGCCACUGGCAAAAUGUAUGCAUGCAAGAAAUUGGAAAAGAAACGCAUCAAGAAGAGGAAAGGCGAGGCCAUGGUGCUCAUCGAGAAGCAAAUCCUGCAAAGAAUAAACUCGAGAUUCGUCGUUAAUUUAGCGUACGCCUACGAAACUAAGGACGCUCUGUGUCUGGUUCUAACUAUUAUGAACGGUGGUGAUCUGAAGUUCCACAUCUACAACAUGUGUGGUGCUGAGAGCGGUUUAGGGCUAGAAAGGGCAAGGUUCUACGCGGCGCAGGUCGCCUGCGGACUUGAACACCUCCACAGGAUGGGCAUCGUUUACAGGGAUUGCAAGCCGGAGAACAUUUUGUUGGAUGACGUUGGCCACGUCCGGAUCUCGGAUCUGGGGCUGGCUGUGGACGUGCCGGAGAGCGGCGGGGUCAGGGGUCGUGUGGGCACCGUGGGGUACAUGGCGCCCGAGGUGAUAGACAACGAGCGGUAUACAUUCAGCCCGGACUGGUUUUCGUUCGGCUGUCUGGUUUACGAGAUGAUAGAGGGACGCGCCCCGUUCAGGGCUAGGAAGGAGAAGGUCAAGAGGGAAGAAGUCGACCGGAGGGUCAAGCACGAGCAGGAGAAGUACAGCAGUAAGUUUAGUGACUGUGCGCGGGCGCUGUGCUCGUCUCUCCUGGUGAAGUCCGCGGCUGGGCGGCUCGGGGCGGGCGGAGGGCGGCGCGGGGCGAGGCAGGUCAAAUCUCACAGGUUCUUCGCCAACAUGAACUGGGCUAGACUCGAGGCCGGCAUGGUAGAGGCGCCCUUCGUACCGGAUCCUCACGCGGUUUACGCUAAGGACGUGUUGGAUAUCGAGCAGUUCUCCACAGUGAAAGGCGUCAACCUCGACGCUGGUGAUGAUUCAUUCUACUGCAAGUUCAGCACCGGCUCCGUCAGCAUACCCUGGCAGAGAGAGAUGAUAGAGACCGGGUGCUUCAAUGAGCUGAACGUGUUCGCGGAGGAUUCUGGUCGUGAGUGUCGCAGUCAGGACCUGUCUCUGUCACCCACCCCGCCCCGGGAGACCACCUCCGGCUGCUGCGGACUCGCUCACAGGGUCCUUUGUCCCCAAAAGAAGAUUCCAGCUCGUCUUCGUCCUAUCCCGGUCCCAGAACAUUUGUUGCAACCUUCAUCGCCAGCGCCCAACUCCUCCAACGAUACGCCCAACAAGACGCCGGACGUUCAAACCACACCGAACGAUGUUCAAAACGCACCGAACGAGGUUCAGACGGGAACCGAACAGAACAGCUGACCGAAAUAACCGGAGUUAUACCGAUGUUUUACGGACGGUUAUUUUAUAUUAACGGUUAAAAAGUUCGCAACGGAAUACACAACAAACGGACGUAUGAUUUAUACGUCCGAGAAAACAAACAGUUAGACUUGAACCACGUUUGAACACGGUUUCGUUUGCCGAUUGAAUUCUUUUGAACCUAAUCGCAACUUGUAUACGUGGCCAUCGAAUAUGACAGUUAAAAUGGCGUCUCAUUUGAAUUACUGUUUUCAUCGUUUAAACCGAUCGGCGUUAAGAAAAUUGUCUAAAAAAAAAGUCUUGCCCUUUAAAGAUUCACAAACAGUCAUUCAGAUAUGACAAAAAAAAGAUCAUGAACAAAUUUAGUAUAAGGACGUUUGUGUUUGUGCGGAGAUUUUAUUAUAUUUGUAUGAUGGAAUGGAAUUUUGUAACAUUUUUGACAGGUUUACUAAUUAUUAUUAUUAUUAUUGGUAAUAUAUAUAUAUAUUUUAAUUCGACUGAUUUUAUAACGCGUAGCUCAAACCGUCGAACAAUGUUGUGUUAAACGACGAUGGCAACACUUAGAUUAUUUUACAAAUAAUUUCCUAACAUGUGUUUAUGUUUUACAAACGUCGUACGUCGCAGUUACCUCACUAGUUAAUUUAUUACUUUCUGACCAGCCAUCGUCGUUUUAAUUUUAUUUGAUAUUAUUUAUUCUUUGGAACGCGUGUAUUUGUACGGUUGGAUUUAUUUUUUUUUCAAUAUUCGCUUGUCUUUGGCGUCGUUUUGAUAUAGAAUAGGAAGGCUUCGAUAGAUCGUUAGUAGUCACUGAAGUUUUUAUUUUUUAAAUCGGAUAAGAGGAGGUAUGGUGUAGUUCAGAGUUUCCCAACUUGCGGGUUGCGAGUUUUGGUUGACAAAAUAUAUAUUUAUAACAUAUAAAAUUAUUAUUAUCAUACCCGCUAACAGUCCAGCGGGCCGCGGGUUGGGAAAAUGCUGUAGAUUGCUUAACGGGUUCCGUAGACGAACUCUUACAGAUCGAUAUAUGACCUCACUUAGAGAGAUAAAUUAAUGCUUUUAUUUCAAUGCAAGAAACUUAUUUUUUUACAUACUGAUGUAACGAACGCAACAGUAGUGCGUUCACAAAUCACAAAUAUAGUAACUUUUCGAGCAAUAAUUGUAAAAAGAAAAAUAAUGUAUUAUCGGUGAAUGUUUUUUAAUAUAUAUUAAAUACAUUAUUAUUUUAAUAUUUAAUGUUAUAUGGGAUUUUUAAGAUUCUUUCUAUUCGUAUGUGAUUCGUGAGAUGUCUAUCAUAAUGUAAUUCGGGAGGGUGUCAUGGUUGUUAAUGUGAUGUGUUUAAAUUCAAACAAAUAUUUUUUUUUUAUAUAUAACGAUAGUUUAAUGAUGUCUCGAAUUAAUUUAUGACGGGAGAGUUCAAUUAAAUUUAUAUUGAGAGUGGAGCGCGGAUGUACUCGGCUACACACACGGGCGUGCACCGUCGUGUAGAUGUCAGUGAUGCGUUUCGGUGUGUAAGUUUUAUUGUAAUCUUGGAUCUUAACGUCUGUUUGGCACUGGCGUCGCGACGUCAGUGACGUCACCACUCCUUAGUGUACGUUGCGUGUGAGAUUUGACGUAAAAUAUAAUAUAUUUGAUAGUAUGUAAGUCCGUAUACACGUCAAUUUGCUCACCGAUAGAUCUAGCUAAGCACGGCCGAUGAACGCUUUAAUGAUAUACCGUAAUUAUUUUUUUGUCAAUAACAUUAUAAUAGCAGGAAUCUAUUUUUAUAUAUAUUUUUAAUCAAAUCUCACACGCGUUGUUGUCGAUGGUUAUAUUGUCGCACAUUUUCUUAAAUAUCUCACCGACUGCUUUCAUUCCAUAGCGAAGUCGCCAUUGCUUGGAGCUGAUACGAGUUCCCGGUGUCGUCACUCGGACUUGCUUAAUUUGCAGUCGAUUGGCAGAAUUGGUGGAGACAUUCGUAAUGAUUUUAAAUCGAUUGCAAAUUAAAUUGUUUUCGAGCGUGUCCUUUGAACGCACAGAGAAAUACAAAUAAGAAUUGCGAGUAUUUACUUCACCGAAUUUUGUUAGGUGUUACGUGAUUAUUUACUUGACGCGUGCAACGGAACGUCGCCCGAACUGCUGCGUUCCGUUCCACGCAAUUAUUCUCAUACCUGUAUUAUACUCAUUGAUGCAUUUUCGACUAAAUGUAUUGAGAUAUUAUUUGUAUUUAUAGUAAGGGCCUGUUGUGAGAGUCGGUUGUAGAAUUACGCGAAUAUAAGUUUUAUAUUAUGAUGUAUUAAGGUUUAUUUUCGCGUAGUUGUCACGUGGCGGGUUCUAGCGUCUUAGUGGAAUGUAAACUUAGCUUUCUUGAUACUGUUAGUCGUUAUUGCAGUAUUUUGAUGCAAAUAUUAUUUAAUAAGUGUAUUCAUAAAUAAAUUGACUCCGAUAUAGAA